UUGCUACAAAUACGAAUUAGAUCCUUGGUGCGAACAAAGAGAUAAUUGUGUACAUAAUUCAAAAUAUGGUUGAUCCUGAAGCAAAACAUGUUCUUCAUAGUGGAAUAUUUCAUCCACUACUCAGGCAGUGGCAGUCGAGAAACACGGAAAUUAGUGUCAACAAUCUAAUGUAUCCAAUUUUCGUAUUAGAUGAACCAGAGGCAAGAGAUGCUAUAUUGAGUAUGCCAGGAGUUUAUAGAUACGGAAUAAACCGUUUGAAAUCAAUGCUGGAUCCGCUGGUAGCCAAAGGUUUGCAGUCCAUUCUACUUUUUGGAGUCAUGAAAGAUGAGGAAAAAAACGAUCAAGGAACAAAUGCAGAUUCAUCAAGGAACCCAAUUAUUCAAGCCUUACCUCUCAUACGUAAAUGGUUUCCUGAUCUAGUAGUGGCUUGCGAUGUUUGCCUCUGUCCUUACACGACUCAUGGCCACUGUGGAAUUCUUGAUGCAGACGGAAGUCUAAACAAUUCAUCCAGCAUCAAAAGGAUUGGAGAAAUUGCAGUUUCUUAUGCAAAAGCUGGAGCUCAGAUUGUUGCACCUUCUGAUAUGAUGGACGGCAGAAUAGCAGCGAUCAAAAGAGGAUUGAACGAAGCCGGGCUGCUAAAUCGAGUCGCGGUACUUUCAUACGCUGUUAAAUUUGCCUCUGGAUUUUAUGGACCUUUUCGCGAUGCCUCGAAGUCCGCUCCGAAAUUUGGUGACAGGAAAUGUUACCAACUACCACCGGGGAGCAAUGGUCUUGCUUCUAGAGCUGCGGCUCGGGACGUUGCUGAAGGCGCUGAUAUGUUGAUGGUGAAACCUGGCCUCGCUUAUUUGGAUAUUGUUCGUCGUACGAAAGACUCGUAUCCGGAGUACCCGAUGUUUGUUUACCAAGUUUCUGGAGAAUACGCAAUGCUUUAUCACGGAGCAAACAACGGUGCAAUCAAUUUAAAGAACGUAUUAAAUGAGGUGCUACUCUCCAUGCGACGAGCCGGCGCCGAUUGCAUCAUCACAUGUCUGUACGCAGAAGAAAAAAAGGAGAAGGAAGACAUCGGAACGGUCAUUGGAAUCGAUCUUGGAACAACGUAUUCUUGUGUUGGAGUAUACAAAAAUGGCAGAGUAGAAAUAAUAGCGAAUGACCAAGGAAAUCGUAUCACACCGUCGUACGUAGCGUUCACAGCAGACGGUGAGCGUCUGAUCGGUGACGCGGCGAAGAAUCAGUUGACGACGAAUCCGGAAAACACUGUGUUCGAUGCGAAGCGUUUGAUCGGUCGUGAAUGGUCCGACUCGACGGUGCAAAACGACAUUAAAUAUUUCCCAUUCAAAGUAGUAGAGAAGGAAAAGAAGCCAUACAUUCAAGUAAAGACGGCGGAAGGAGAUAAGCGAUUCGCGCCUGAGGAAAUUUCGGCCAUGGUCUUGUCAAAAAUGAAGCAAACUGCGGAGGCUUAUUUGGGUAAAAAAGUGACCCACGCGGUUGUAACGGUGCCGGCUUAUUUCAAUGACGCUCAGAGACAAGCGACCAAAGACGCCGGUGCUAUUUCCGGUCUUCACGUAAUGAGAAUCAUCAACGAACCGACCGCAGCUGCUAUCGCCUACGGGCUUGACAAAAAAGAUGGCGAGAAAAAUGUUCUCGUUUUCGAUCUCGGUGGUGGUACCUUCGACGUCAGUCUUCUUACCAUCGAUAACGGAGUUUUCGAAGUUGUCGCUACCAACGGCGAUACUCAUCUAGGAGGUGAAGAUUUCGAUCAGCGUGUCAUGGACCACUUUAUCAAGCUGUACAAGAAGAAAAAGGGCAAAGAUAUCAGAAAAGACAACCGCGCUGUACAGAAAUUGCGUAGAGAAGUUGAGAAAGCGAAGAGAGCACUCAGCGCCAGUCACCAGGUGAAGAUUGAGAUCGAGUCAUUCUUCGAAGGCGAAGAAUUCUCCGAGACGUUGACCAGAGCCAAGUUCGAGGAAUUGAACAUGGAUCUGUUCCGUAGUACUAUAAAGCCGGUACAAAAGGUAUUGGAGGAUGCUGACAUGAAUAAGAAGGACGUGGACGAGAUAGUGUUGGUGGGAGGUUCGACGAGAAUCCCGAAGGUGCAACAAUUGGUGAAGGAAUUCUUCAAUGGAAAGGAACCUUCCAGAGGAAUAAAUCCCGAUGAGGCUGUCGCUUAUGGAGCUGCGGUACAGGCGGGUGUAUUGUCGGGUGAACAGGACACCGAUGCGAUUGUAUUACUUGACGUAAAUCCUUUGACGAUGGGAAUAGAGACCGUGGGUGGAGUGAUGACAAAACUCAUUCCAAGAAACACCGUUAUUCCAACGAAGAAAUCGCAAGUAUUCUCGACAGCUUCGGACAAUCAGCAUACGGUAACGAUUCAGGUGUACGAGGGUGAACGUCCGAUGACCAAGGACAAUCAUCUUCUUGGUAAAUUUGAUCUCAAAGGUAUCCCACCUGCACCGCGUGGAAUUCCACAAAUUGAGGUCACUUUCGAGAUCGACGCCAACGGUAUUCUUCAAGUAUCUGCCGAAGAUAAGGGUACCGGCAACCGCGAGAAGAUCAUUAUUACGAACGAUCAAAAUCGUUUGACGCCCGAUGACAUCGAGAGAAUGAUCAAGGACGCCGAGAAAUUCGCCGACGAUGACAAGAAGCUCAAGGAACGCGUCGAGGCUCGCAACGAGCUCGAGUCUUACGCGUAUUCGCUCAAGAAUCAACUUGCCGACAAGGAAAAACUUGGCGCCAAAGUCAGCGAGGACGAAAAAACGAAAAUGGAGGAAGCGAUCGAUGCCUCGAUCAAAUGGCUCGAAGAGAAUCAAGACACCGAUUCCGAGGAAUAUAAGAAAAAGAAGAAAGAAUUGUCGGACACUAUCCAACCGAUCAUUGCGAAAUUGUACCAAGGUGCCGGUGGUGUUCCACCAACCGGAGCCGACGAGGAUGAUCUUAGGGAUGAGCUUUAAGAUGCAAAAAACGAAAUUGCCUCUGCAUUAACAACUCUUCGGAUGCAUAUGCGAAUUUAUUUUUCGCUGUAACAGACUGAUGAUAAAUAACGUUCGCAUUCUCAAUCGGGCCGCGGGAUAAAAAAUAUUUCAAAACGCUCAACUUCACUCGAGAUCAACUGCAUGGAUCGUUGCCUAAAACGAAGAGUCGAAUUUUCUUUGUUUUUCCAUCCUCAUCAUCUCUCAUUUAUCUAUUUACGGUUACGGGUGCCGGGUGAAAGUUUUCCAAUCACGAGUCUUAUCCCCACUCUCGUUGAAAUUGUUCUUCGGAAAUAACAAACGAUCCCCGUGAAUUAAUUAUUCGCGCACCUGGAGUCUCGCGAACGCAUUUAAUAAAUAUUAUUAAAAUACUUGUUAAUCCGCGAACCUCGUCGGUGGGGGAUCGUUUUCACGUCUUGACGAGGAAAAAAAAGACUAGAGAAUGGCAAGGAACGUAGCGUUCCUAUAUUCUUUAUUUAUUUUAAUUUUUUUGUAUGGUUCCAUUACGCGUAAUUGUUGUAAGGUCGUUCACUCACGUAAUUCGUGCGUACGCUCGAUUACUUCUCUUUACUCCCUUCCCCUUCUCUUCUCUUUACCGUGUGCGUGAAUGAAAGAUUGUGAGCGAGAAUUCGUUAGCCCUAAAAAUACUUUAUCGUACUGUGUACUAUACGUGUACUGUAUGCGUCUGUGAAUGAUUGACAUUGUGUAUCAAUAUCACGAUAAUAAACCGAUUUUUCAGUAA